AUGAACUACUGUGUUUGUUACUUUGACUUGUUGGCCAUAACGUUGCAUCUGCUAUUUAUGACUUCCUCAUGUGAUGGUGGAAAAGUGCUAAUAUUUCCAGUAGAUGGAAGCCACUGGCUUAACAUGAAAAUCCUUGUGGAGGCUCUCCACUCUCAAGGCCACCAAAACACUGUGCUGCGGUCCUCUUCAAGCUGGUACAUUUCUGAAUUCUCACCUCAUUACACCUCCAUCACAGUCAUCCAGGAAGAGUCCCAGCCCAUUGAGAGUCAAAACUUCAUGAGCUCUUUUUUGAAGAGGUCAAUGGAAAUUCGUCAGAAUGACGGCUCACUCUGGGCAUUUUUUGAGUUAUAUUGGAAUCUUUUUGACUUAUUUAGACAAAACCAGCAAGUUGUGGCAAAACUUACUUCCACCAUCUUUGAGAAUAAGACGCUGAUUGGAGACCUAAACAAAACUGAAUAUGAUCUUUUUCUGACUGAUCCUGCAUUUCCAGGUGGUGUGCUGUUAGCACAUUACCUCCAGCUGCCUUUGGUUUACAAUGUGCGCUGGCUUUUUAGUGGAGAGGCACACCUUGCCGUCGCUCCUUCUCCAUUGUCCUACGUCCCUAUAUGCUUCUCCCAUAACUCUGACAAAAUGGAUUUUUUUCAAAGAAUCAGAAAUAUGAUCCAUUACAUCAUGUUUUUUUACAUGGAGUACUAUGUCUCCAGACCACCAUACCAGGCCUUGUGUGAUCAUUAUUUUGGAAAUAAUGUUAGCCUCAUGUCUCUAGUCCAAAAGGCUGACCUCUGGCUCAUGCGGGUUGACUUUACAUUUGAGUUCCCUCGUCCCACCAUGCCCAAUGUCAUCUACGUCGGUGGCUUCCAGGGUAAGCCUUCAAAGCCUCUCCCAUCAGAGUUUGAGGCAUUUGUCCAGAGUUCUGGUGAACAUGGGGUGAUCGUCAUGACAUUGGGGACCCUGCUGAGUGACCUUGGACAUGAAUUAACAGAGAUUUUUGCCUCAGCAUUUGCUAGCCUCCCUCAGAAGGUUGUGUGGAGACAUGUUGGGAAAAGACCAGCCACUCUGGGAAACAACACCAUGCUGGUUGAAUGGCUCCCUCAGAAUGAUCUACUAGGCCACCCUAAAACCAAAGUUUUUGUCACACAUGGUGGCACCAACGGCCUGUACGAAGCCAUCUACCAUGGUGUGCCAGUUCUGGGCAUUCCACUCAUUUUUGACCAGCAUGACAACUUGUUACGUAUGGAGGCCCGGGGAGUGGCUGAAAUAGUUGACGUGGCAAAAUUGGAUGUUGACUCCCUGACAAGUGCUCUGAAGAAUAUUUUGGACCCAGAAAAGCCCUACAAACAGAAUAUGCUCAAACUAUCACAACUUCAUCAUGAUCAGCCCAUGAAGCCUCUUGAUAGUGCUAUUUUCUGGAUGGAAUAUGUCAUGAGGCACAAGGGUGCAGCACAUCUGCGCACUGAGUCAUAUAAGCUGCCUUGGUAUGCCUGUCAUUGUCUAGAUGUGAUGGCAGUCCUUGUAGCAUUUGGCUUGCUGAUCAUUGCUUUAGUUUGGACUUCUUGUCAAUGUCUAAUUACAUUUUUGUUGAACACAAAGAAGUCCAAGCAUGAAUAG